AUGCAGUUUCUUGCGCGGCAUGGAAGCGCUGGCCAAUUGACUUGUUACGAAUGGCGGAUUAGCGUGCCACUUGCUGCGGUUACCACCACCAACCCUCUCGACUCGAGCGUCACUUUUCCCGACUUAGGCGGAGCGUCGUGCUCGUGCACGUUCAGUCUGCGAUCGGCGAACGGCUUUGAGGCCCUUUGGACUGCCCAGACGUCUGGACCGUCGCUCGCAACAGACGCCUUAUCUAGCGCCGAAUUCUACUGGACGACAGAGGACGGACAGAACGGCGCUCUCAUCUCUUCGGUUGUCGGACAGAUACGUCAGGAGUGGCCGAACGAAACCAGCCAGUCACUUUCUUUGACUGUCCUGUGGGCGGAGUUGGAACACGCUGCAGCCGUCAGUGAUGGGCAGUUUAUCAGCCCGACGCACUCGUUCUUUCUCCUCCGGCUCCGAUUCACCUCGGUCGCUACCCUGGGACUAGCGGCACCUGGACGACGUCAGAACACAGGUGCAAUGAAUAUGCAGACCUCGCCUCUCUCCCACGACGUGCGACUCUGCAUCUCGACAACCGGAAGCAGCGCACAGUAUCUUUGGACCGACUCGCGCACGCUGUCGCACUUCUCGGCCUACUUCCGCGACCUCUUUCCGUCCGGCUUCAACGACGCAAACAAGCGAACGCUUGCUGAACACUCAUGCGAGACGGUCAAGGUCGAAGCGGAUGACAAUGUCGACGCUUCAGACGAUUCAGACGCUGAGGACGCCGAGAUGACCGAAGCAGAAGACACGACGGAGACGAGCCUUCCGCCCGACUGGCGUUUCUACAGCAUCAGCAUCCCCGGCUUCUCCCGUCGGACGUGGCGCGUCGUGCUCCUCUGGAUGUCGACGUCAAACUGCCUCUUCGCGCCUCUCAAGUCUUCGCCCAGUUCCACGACCACCGAGUCCACCAAUUCCUCUAUGCUGGCGGCUUCUCCAAAAUCCGUCUACCGCCUCGCACACUACCUGCGUAUCCCGCCCCUUGCCGCACUCGCUCUUACCGAACUGGAGCGACAACUCUCGCCUUCUAUCGCCGCCAUCGAGCUCUUCGCAAGCGCCACGGUCGAGUUCGACGAGAUUCGCGAGGUUGUCGUCGCCUACACCAUCAAGCACUGGGACGGGGUAGUCAAGACGAGCGAGUACAAGGACGCGAUGGACAAGUGCCGGCGAGGCGAACUGGCACUCUCGGGACCGCUCCCGGCGGCGCUCCUCCCUUACCUUCUGCGACCGGCUUGA